AUGUUUAGCAGCAGAAUAUUCGAUCCGUCAAACAGGAGCUUCUCCAAGAGCUUCUCCAAGGGCCAAAAGACUUCGAGAUCGAGCUCUUCGUUUAGCAAAGACAGCGGAGUGAGCAAAAGACGCCAUGAAUCUCGCCACAAAAGACCCGCCACAGCUUCUACUGUCGCGGACUGCGGAGAUGCUACCGCGGGCGGGCACUCAUCUUCUGCUAUCGUGACGCUGGUAAUAGGCUCUGAGCAACGACUCUUUGCCGCUCACGAAGACGUUCUUUGUGCCAGUCCAUUCUUCAACAAUACCCUCCACGCCUACGUCGACUCUACCGUCAAGAAGAUUGCGCUGCCUGACGAGGAACCGGAAAUUUUCAGCUCUGUUCUAGAGUACCUCUACAAGGGAGAUUACUUCCCGCGACUGACCCAUAACAAUCGUCGCAACUCUUGGGAACUUGAGCCCGAAGAUGCCGAGCGAAGAGUUGAGAGCACCGUCUAUCAUCGUAGUGUUGAUGGCGACUUGCUCAAAGACACGGUGAUUUACUGUGCUGCUGAGAAAUAUGGGCUGCAAGAGCUGAAGAAUCUGGCCCUUCGUAAGCAAGGCUUGCAAUCUGGCAUCCAGUGCAGCACCAUCUUGGCAUCCGCACGCUAUGCCUAUGCCAACACGCCUGAUACGGACUCCAAGCUCAGAGCUCACUAUCUUGCCCUCAUCAUCCGGUCCCGUAACACCUUCAAGCGUAGCGGGACUAUGCAACUUGAAAUGUAUAACGGUGGCACACAGCUCUUCUUUGAUCUUUUCGUUGCACUGUGUAAUCAUGUUGACGAUAUUUCCUCUGUACAAGGUACCCCGAGAUCUAGCCGCCAUAAAUGA